ACCGAAAGUGUAAACAUGGUGAAGGAAAAGGCUGAAGAUGAAAAGAAAAGGGUUCAUGCUGAGGAGUAAGAAGGCGAGAGAUGAAAAAAAAGGGUACAGAAGAGAUUGAUGGGUGGGGGUUAGAGUCCAGGAGCGCGAGGGCGACAGAACAGCAGGUCAUUGUGUUGGUCCACCAGGCACUGGGAGACACACACUCUAACACAUUAACGCAUUCACACAGCGUUGAGGAACGCACACACACAAGCAAGCGCUUCUGCCCACUGCCACACAGACCAGUGUUGGCAUCAUUGAGGGCAGCCCCUCUCUUCACUCUUCUGCUCAACCUUACUGUAGCUUGGGCCAGCUGAGGCUCCUGUCGCCCUGUCGUCUUCACUGUGGAUCACACCAUACCUCCGACCACCACCAACCAACCUCAGAGAGUAGUGCCAGGUGUCCAGUGUCAACUGCUGCAUUCAGCCUGAAGAAAAGAAGAAGGAUCAGACUUAGAAGACAAUACAAUUCUCCAGGUCCAGCUCUACCACGCUUGGUGCUGUGGUGAAGACAAAGUGGACAACAGGCCUACGGAUUCUCGCUCAUGUUGAAGGACUUGCUCAGUUUGUCCACUGUCAGCCAAUAGAACAUCGCAAUGGCAACAACAGGCAUGCAGCUCCUGGGCUUGAUCCUGUCCAUCAUCGGCUGGGUUGCCGGAUUCCUGGUGUGCUCCUUGCCGAUGUGGCGUGUCACGGCCUUCAUUGGAAACAACAUUGUGACGGCGCAGAUAACGUGGGAGGGCCUGUGGAUGAAUUGCAUCGUUCAGAGCACCGGAGAGAUCCAGUGUAAAGUGUACGACAGCCUGCUGGCCUUGCCCAGCGACAUGCAGGCCGCCCGUGGCCUCACGGUGCUCUCCCUACUACUCUGCACCCUGGCGCUCACCCUGGGGAUCCUGGGGGUCAAGUGCACUAAGUGCGUCGGCCACCAGAGCCCUAAGGCACGGCUAGCCCGCGUGUCUGGCAUCAUCUUUGCCGUGGCAGGAUUCCUCUACCUCAUUCCCAUCUGCUGGUCGGCCCACUCCAUCAUCAGGGAUUUCUACGACCCGUACGUUGCCGCCCCGCACAAGCGAGAGCUGGGCCCCGCCCUCUACCUCGGCUGGGGAGGCUCGGGCCUGCUGCUGAUCGGCGGGUCCUUGCUUUACGCCGGCUCAAGCCCCCCAGGGAUCCCCUCGUCCCCCACCUUCAGCAGCGGGGAAAGCAGCCCCCGUAGGGCCGGAGGACCCACACAGGUCAAGGGUUAUGUUUAACAGCCGACACUCACAGUCAUCAAGCCCACAGAAGCCCCCUCUGCUAGUUUUCCCCAUCGUUAUAGAUUCGAUUUAACACCUUUUUUACGAUUUUGUGUUUAUCGACUGACUGGAGCUGAUGGAAGUUAUGAAGAGAAAUGUGAAAUCACUUUGUUUUUCCUUCCCUCGUGUCCCCUUUAACCUUGACGUGUUGUUUGUCCAUGUAUAAAACAAUAAAGACAUCAGCUCUCAAA